UUUUGUUUUUUUUUUUAAUUUAUUUUUUCUUUUAAUUUUUUUUUUUCUUGGGGAUUCUCCUCUCUCCUGCCAGGCUGACUUACACGUUCUUGAUAAUUUCUCUUCCCCUCAUUUUUUAUACUCUUCUCCCUGCUUCCAAACCCUGUGUCUGUGUGUUUCAAUACUAUCACAACCUCUGCUAAAAAUAGAUCUUUUUAUACCCUUCCUCCUCUCUGACCCCAUCCAACACCCCUUGUUAAGGAGGAGGAAGUAAGCUCAGCCCAUGGAAGAAGGGUAGAACUGAAUUUGAAGCAAAAUGGUUGUCUAAGAGAGCAUGGCAUGAUGUGAUUUGAAGUGAGAAAAACCAAGGGUUUGCACUCCAGAGCAUUGAGUUAUCUGAUGUAACUAUCUUAUACCCAGAGCAAGAAAAGUAAAUUCACUUGGCUGUCCCAUAUCUCUAAGGAACCUGAUGCAUGAGUGGACUAGAGAAAAGAAAGAGAGGAAAACUCCAAAGACCUACAGAUCAUCUGGCUGGCAGGGUCAAGUUUUCUUCAGAUUGAAGCGGAACUGUGACUCAUGGACAUCUGAUGUGCUGGAGCACACUCAACACUUUUAGAUAUUUUGAGACUCCAAAGGCUGACCACCGACAACAGGUUUUUAAAUAUCACUGCUCUUCUGACAAGUUGAUUAAGUGAAUACAAGAAAAAAGAAGAAAAAAAGAAAAACGAAGCUACUUUUAAGUAUUGAAGAUACAAGGCCAGGAUGAACACGAAGGACGGAAGAGUGUCCGAAGGAGGUCUCAAUGUCACUCUUACCAUACGCCUUCUCAUGCAUGGCAAGGAGGUUGGAAGCAUUAUCGGAAAGAAAGGUGAGACAGUGAAGAAGAUGAGGGAGGAGAGUGGUGCUCGAAUCAAUAUUUCAGAAGGCACUUGUCCAGAGAGAAUUGUGACAAUAACAGGCCCAACAGAUGCAAUUUUUAAAGCUUUUUCUAUGAUUGCACUAAAAUUUGAAGAGGACAUCAACGCUUCGAUGACAAACAGCUCGGUGACAAGCAAACCGCCUGUAACGCUGCGGCUCGUCGUCCCAGCAAGCCAGUGUGGAUCCCUUAUAGGAAAAGGAGGCUCCAAAAUCAAAGAAAUCAGGGAGUCCACAGGAGCCCAGGUACAGGUGGCAGGGGACAUGCUGCCCAACUCGACAGAGCGCGCGGUGACCAUAUCCGGCACCCCCGACGCCAUCAUCCAGUGUGUGAAGCAGAUCUGCGUGGUGAUGCUGGAGUCCCCACCCAAAGGUGCCACCAUCCCCUACCGUCCCAAACCUGCCUCUGCACCUAAUUUUGCAGGUGGCCAGGUAAGAGCAGACCCAUUUUGGCUUCAGCUGGAAAACCACACCGUCCUGGCCCAGCCUCAGCCAGCGCCUGCGUUCACAAUUCAGGGGCAGUACGCCAUCCCUCAUCCAGACUUGACCAAGCUUCACCAGUUGGCUAUGCAGCAUCCCCCCUUUACUCCCCUUGGGCAGACCACCCCUGGUUUCCCUGGACUGGAUGCCACUACUCCAACCAGUUCCCAUGAACUUACUAUUCCCAAUGAUUUAAUAGGCUGCAUUAUUGGCAGACAAGGCAGUAAGAUAAAUGAAAUCAGGCAGAUGUCAGGAGCGCAGAUCAAGAUUGCUAAUGCCACAGAAGGCUCCGCAGAACGACAAGUUACAAUCACAGGAUCCCCUGCAAACAUCAGCUUAGCACAGUACCUCAUUAAUGCAAGGCUGUCUUCAGAAGUUACUGGCCUGGGGUCUCUGUAAUGUAUCUCAACAUGCCCUAGUGCAUUAGCCACCAGACAGGACUUUUCCAAAGCCCCAUGAGACAAUGCUUUCUAUGGACUAAUCUACAGAGGAGUUUCUGCCAUUUCUAACUUUCUUAUUAUUCCGAGACAUCAAAAGAAAACACUUCCUUUACUCUUUAAGCAACUGUGCUUCCUAACUCUUGUGUUGCUUUCAUUACUGUUCCAGUUUUAACACUGUUGUGGCUCAUAACAUAAGGCAAAGACAAGUUAUUUUUGGGGGUUAAUUUUCAUUGAUGUUCAUGCUUUGGCUAAUCUGUAUAAAAGCAUGGGCUGUUAGUGUUCUAAAUCACUGUAUUCAGCUAGAGACUCGACAGUAAGUUAAAUGAGACGUUUUUAUAAAUAAAUUUUUUUCCUGAUUAAAAAACAAAAAAAGACGUGGUAGCUUUGUGCAUACAACUGUUGUGUUGUUUAAACUUUGUUCUUUGUAACCGAGUUGCUAACUUGUCAUUGAAGAAGCACUAUUUUAUGGAUUGUCAAACUAAGAUCAUAGACAAAUUGCUUGUUUUCAAUUAAUGAUUAAAGGUUUCAUAUCAUCA